AUGGGCCCCUGUACCGCCUCCUCAUGCUGCUGCCAGGCCCGUAAUCUGCCAUGGGCCCCCGUACCUACUCCUCAUGCUGCUGCCAGGCCCGUAAUCUGUCAUGGGCCCCUGUACCGCCUCCUCAUGCUGCUGCCAGGUCCAGAGUGUGUCAUGGGUCCCUGUACGGCCUCCCAUUGCUGCUGUCUCCAUCGCCACACUCUGCCAUGUGCCACUUUCAGGUCUCCUCACACUGCUGGUGGUUUCCAUUUUUCUCAUAGGGUGCUGUAUGGCCUCCCAUUGCUGCUGCCUCCACCGCCCACACUGUGGCUCCACACUCUGGUUUUGGCCCCGUGACUGCCCAAAUGAGUGAAGUGUGCGGUGAUUCUAAGAUCGACGGCACUCAUCUGCAUGUCAUACUGACUGUCAGUAUUAUUUCUCUUCCCCAGCAGACUCCAAGGGCAUUUAAAUUAAAGGUACAGUGUUCUGCACUAAUAUAA